AUGUUGCAUAAAUGGGAAGAAUUUUGGGCUGCCUAUAGAGCUCGUAAUCCCAAUUCCCCAAUCGACCCGAUUGAACUUUUGAAUCCUUACUUCGAUGACUUUACUCUGGCUACUUAUGUCAUGGAGGAACAUGAUGCUAAACGAUUACAAGAUAUGUUGUUUCAGCACUGGUUUGACAAUGGUAAAUCGUAUGAUUACCUCAAAGUCCUGUAUGGUGAUCACGAGAGUAAAAGCUCCAUCUUUGAAGGUGUUCUGAAAGCUUACGAAAGGUUUAUCACCACAAAAUCAAAGGCACCGCGAUUUUUUACGCAAUACAUUGAGCCCGACAAGCAUGUCAUUUUUUUUGAAAAAUUAUCUCAACUGAACAAGAACAAACCUAUUCAUCUUCUUGCCCAACUCACCGCGAUCGUUCGCGAUGAAAGUACAAUAUCCAAGAUACUGGAGGCAGCGUUGGGUAAAGGAUAA